GGGUACCCCAAAUUUUCACAUUUCCCUCACUACAUACCCAAAAUCCCCAUUUUAGGCAAACCCCAUUUUUUUCCCCACCACAUAGUUAAGUGCUUGCUCAUCAAAGAUUCAACCUUUAAGAAAUUUUCUUCAUUUUUAUUACAUUUCAAGAUUCUGGGGUCAUCAAGAAAAAAAAAAGUUAAGUUUAUUGCUCAAAAAUAUUCAACCUUUAAUAAAUUUUCUUCAUUUUUAGGACAUUUCAAGAUUCUGGUUCUUCAAGAAGAAGGAAAAAAAAAAAGAAAUGUACUCAACAUUGCCUAUAAGGAAUUUGGGUAUUGAGGAAAGUGGGGAUUAUUUUAAUCACCAUCAUAUUAAUCAUCCUAAUCUUUCAAUUGAUGGUACAAAUUUGCCAGGUGAUGCUUGUUUAGUUUUAACAAGUGAUCCUAAGCCACGUCUUAGGUGGACAGCUGAACUCCAUGAACGUUUUGUUGAUGCUGUUACUCAACUUGGUGGCCCAGAUAAAGCAACACCAAAAACAAUUAUGAGAACAAUGGGGGUAAAAGGUCUGACCCUAUACCAUUUGAAGUCACAUCUCCAGAAAUACCGCCUGGGGAAGCAAUCUGCUAAAGAGGCAACUGAGAAUUCCAAAGACGUGUCAUGUCCAGCAGAGAGUCAAGAUACAGGUUCCUCUACAUCUGGUUCAUCAAGAGUUAUUGCACAAGAUAUAAAUGAAGGCUUACAAGUAACUGAGGCUUUGCGAGUACAGAUGGAAGUCCAGCGAAGACUACAUGAGCAGCUAGAGGUACAACGCCGCCUACAGCUUCGUAUAGAAGCCCAAGGAAAAUACUUGCAAUCAAUUCUUGAAAAAGCUUGUAAGGCUUUUAAUAGCCAGUCCCUUGAAUCGAAUGGCCUAGAAGUGAACAGGGAAGAGCUUUCGGAAUUAGCAAUGAAGGUUGCAAACAACUGUGAAGGGAUCGUCAGUAUCCCAUCAUUACCUGAGAUGGGCCCGAGUAUCGAGAACAAGAAUGCUUGCCACGUGCCUGCCAGACUUGGCGACUGCUUUCUUGAAGACUGCUUGCAGUCAAAUGGAAUUGGCGCUCUAAAGAAGAGACCACGAGCUUUUACUAACGUGAACGGAUUGCCUAUGGAAAGCAAUACAAGGGAGGUGGAAUGGACGAUGAGUAAUACAUGAACACAAUCAGUGUAAUUUUUCUACCACCUUUUCUGUGAUGUUUCUCCUUUUUCUACUUCUGUUUGAUCCAAGAUCAAACAAUGUUGCAAAUGUAUGUUCUCUAAGUUUACGACCUUUAAGUAUCCUUUAUCAGAAAUGAAGAUCCUCCUGUACCAACAUUAUAGUUGGGCAUUUCACAGUGGUGCAAAUGAAGGUUUACUUACCUUCUUUUACCACAACUAUUACGUCUCAAUACCAAGCAAGUGGAGGACCUAAUAUGUUU